AUGUACGUCACAAUGAUGAUGACCGACCAAAUUCCGCUGGAGCUGCCGCCGUUGCUGAACGGGGAGGUCGCCAUGAUGCCUCACAUUGUGAAUGGCGACGGAUCUCAGCAGGUCUUUUUGGUUCAAGUUAAUCCAGGUGAAACCUUUACAAUAAGGGCUGAGGAUGGAACCCUCCAGUGCAUCCAAGGACCAGCCGAGGUUCCCAUGAUGUCACCCAAUGGAUCCAUUCCCCCUAUUCAUGUGCCUCCUGGUUAUAUCUCACAGGUGAUAGAAGACAACACCGGCGUUCGGAGGGUGGUGGUUACCCCCCAGUCUCCAGAGUGUUAUCCUCCCAGCUACCCUUCAGCCAUCUCACCAACCCAUCACUUACCUCCGUACCUGACACACCAUCCCCAUUUUAUUCACAACUCUCAUACAGCUUUUUAUCCUCCUGUCACUGGACCUGGGGACAUGCCACCACAGUUUUUCCCACAGCAUCAUCUUCCCCCGACAAUAUAUGGAGAACAAGAAAUCAUACCACUAUAUGGGAUGUCCAGCUAUAUCACCAGGGAAGAUCAGUACAGCAAACCACAGCACAAAAAACUCAAAGACAGGCAGAUUGAUCGCCAGAACCGUCUGAAUAGUCCUCCUUCCUCCAUCUACAAAAGCCAUAUAGGCACCUGCACAACAGUCUACAAUGGUUAUGCAAAGAGCCACAACGGAGCGAGCAGCGGAGCAGGGGCUCCGGCCGUCAAGAAACCAGAGCGCAGGGCAAGGAGCAGCCCAAAGUCAAAUGAACAGGACCCACAUGAAUUUGAUUCUGAAACAAAAAGGGUUCAAGACAUUCUUUCUGGAAUGGAGAAACCACAGGUUACAAAUAUUCAAGCAAGAACAGUUUUGCUUUCCUGGUCACCUCCCACUGGCCUUCUAAAUGCAGAUAGACACAAUAAUGGUUUGCCUUACACCUGUACCUACGAGGUUGCCUUAUCGGAUAAAGGGAGGGAUGGAAAAUACAAGAUAAUUUACAGUGGAGAAGAAUUAGAAUAUAACCUGAAGGACCUUAGGCCAGCAACAGAUUAUCAUGUCAGGGUAUAUGCAAUGUACAACUCAGUAAAGGGAUCCUGCUCAGAGCCAGUAAGCUUCACCACUCAUAGCUCAGCACCAGAGUGUCCCUUCCCACCCAAACCCUCGCACAGGACCAAAAGCUCCUUAACCUUACAGUGGAAGGCACCCAUUGAUAAUGGCUCAAAAAUCACCAGCUACCUUCUGGAGUGGGAUGAGAGUAAAAGAUCAGCAAAUCUGCGUGAUUGUUUCUUUGGGAGCCAGAAGCAUUGCAAGCUGACUAAGCUUUGCCCAGCUUUGGGUUACACCUUCCGAUUAGCAGCCCAGAAUGACAUCGGUACUAGUGGGUACAGCCAGGAGGUGGUAUGCUACACUGCAGGUAAUAUUCCUCAGACCCCUUCUGCACCAAGGCUUGUUCGAGCUGGUGUUACGUGGAUCUCAUUGCAGUGGAAUAAAGUAGAAGGAUGUACACCAGAGGAAGUGAUUUCUUACACCCUGGAAAUUCAGGAAGAAGAUAAUGAUAGCGUGUUUCACCCAAAGUACACUGGAGAGGAGCAAGCCUGUACUGUGAAGAAUCUCAGAAGAAGCACACAGUAUAAAUUCAGGCUGUUUGCUUCUAACGUGGAAGGGAAGAGUUCUCCCAGCGAAGUGUUGGUCUGCACAACGAGCCCAGAUAGGCCAGGACCUCCAACCAGACCUGUUAUCAAGGGGCCAAUAACAUCUCAUGGCUUUAGUGUGAAAUGGGAUCCCCCACAUGAUAAUGGUGGUUCAGAAAUCCUAAAGUAUCUACUAGAGAUUUCUCAAGGAAGUCCAGAAGCAAAUCAGUGGGAAGUGGCAUAUAGUGGCUCGGCUACAGAAUAUACCUGUACUCACUUGAAACCAGGCACUUUGUAUAAACUCCGGGCAUGCUGUAUCAGCACUGGUGGACACAGUCAGUGCUCUGAAAGUUUACCUGUCCGUACGCUCAGUGUUGCACCAGGGCACUGCCGCCCGCCGAGAGUUCUGGGCAAGCCGAAGCACAAAGAAGUACAGCUGCAAUGGGAUGUCCCUCCGUCAGAAAGUGGCUGUCCUGUCUCAGAGUACAGUGUGGAGAUGACAGCCCCUGAAGAUGUUGUUUCUGAAGUGUAUCAUGGGCCUGACCUGGAGUGCACUGUUAGCAACCUUCUUCCUGGGGCAAUGUAUCGGUUCCGAGUGAGAGCUCUGAACGAUGGUGGG